AUGGAGGUCAAAUCUUGGUACCCAUGUGAUUUCCAGCAAGCCCUACGAAACAGCAUUGACGAAGCGGAUGUGGACUGGUUCCUCAAUAGACCAGGCCGCGCCCCGUGCUUUCUCUAUGGGGCCUCGAUGCUUCCGACGGUCUUGAAGCAUCACAUCGGCCUUGGUCAGAGCCACAACAUCCACUCCACCAUGACCCAAGCCACAUUAUUUGGAUACCGACUCUACAAAUUCGCCGAAUCGAACAUACCUGCGAUCAUAAAGUCAUCCAACCCAACAUCUACCGUGGAGGGGCUGUUGGUAUUCAAUCUAGAUCAGACCCAGCGCCGAGACCUUUACGAGUUCGAAUCCGGUUUAAUGAAUCUGACCGCUGUUCAGGUACAGAUUCUACAAAAAACGCCGAGCAAUACACACAAUUUUAGAAUGGUAGAUGCGGGAACUGUCACCUGGACUAGUAGGGACAACCAAGGCCUAUCUCCGCUCAAUGCCUCGGUCUGGGCCGUUGAUGGGUUCUUACAGAGCCAACUCUAUCAACACAUCUCUAAUUCACAGUAUCGGUGCGAUCUUGCAGAGCCUGAGCUAGCAGCCAAAGAUUUCUCAUAUUACCCGGGUGAUACUAAGCAGCAGGGUGACCUUGAUUUGAUGGUACGUCAAUAUGGAUCUGUGCAUAGUAUCGAGGCCGACGAGCCGGAAUGGUUUUAG